CGGAAGUUUUUGUUUCCUCACCUGUCAGUUUCUGACACGGUACGCGAUUCCCAGCGUCGUCUCUUUGUUUUACCUCCGAGAAACUGGUCUGCUUUACCCCCCCCCCCGAGAAUAAAUGUCAACCCCGUGUGUCCGGCUGUCGCAUAGCUGAGGAAGAACACCUGAUACGGUCUUCUAUCUGCUACAGAGUAGGCCUGUGCAGGCAUGGAGCCCCUGGCAGUGGAUGAUGACAUUUGCAUCCUGAAACACGAGACGGCCUACACCGCUGCUGGCGAGAGUCCUGUGUCUGUGUGUGCCGGCGAUGAAUCUGUCGCUUCCCACUUCGCCCUGGUCACGGCCUACGAGGACAUCAAGAAGAGGCUGAGAGACACCGAGCGAGAGAAUACCUUGCUGAGGAAGAGGGUCAAGCAGCUGGAGGACAAGCUCUUCCGGCCAGAGGCUCCUCCAUCAGAGGGUCCCCAGUACGUAAACAAGGCCUUCAGUGCUUACCGAGGUAUCUACAUAGAGAAGGAGGACAUGCAGAUGGAGCUGAACAAACUGAAAAAAGAGAAGAGUGAGAGUGAGAGGCUGCUGACGGAGCAGCUCCAGGCCAAAGAGUUGGAGCUGCUUCAGCUGAGGACGGAGAUGGAGACCAGCCAAGGUACAGUGAUGAAGAGCCUGAACAGCCCUCAGGACUACUGGCAAGUGGACAGCGUCGGCGCCGACCUGAAGAUCCUCAAACUGCAGGAGGAGCUGGAGAGGGUGACGCUGGAAAACAGCAGACUGCUGGAUAGAAGUGGGGAGGAACCCCAUGGCCUUAACGGACCAGACUUGGAUCAGACCUGUGACGCAAAGCAUAACACAAGGGAGAGGAGCAUGCAGCAGACGUACGAGGCCUUGUGCUGUGAGGUCACUCGCCUCCACUCGGAGAUGAAGAACCAAACGGGCCUCAUUAGAAAACUCCGGCCGCUCAUCAGUGAGACGAGACAAGCAGCCUCCACGGUCCCAGUCCAGUGUCUCGACGACGUGGAAAAGAACAACAAAAACCACCCAGUUCCCCGGGUGUCAGCACCUCGCCCCCCUAGCGCCCCCCCGCUCCCCUCGUGCUCCGGCCGCCCCUGCCCCCCUGUCGGCGGGCCGUCGGGCACCCUGCUGCCGGACAGCCUGCGGGAGGACUGCUGGUACAACGGGCCCUGGCCCUCCCAGAGCUGUUCCGGAGAGGCUCUGGACGGCAGCGACGCCGGCUCCGUCGUCCUGCCCCCGCCUCCCCUGAACCAAGCCUCCCUUGAUGACAGCUCGCGGUCCUUCCCCAGCCCCCCCAAACCCAGCGAUGCCAUGUUCUGGGAGGGACACUCCGCUGCAUCCAACUCCUCGUCCUCAAUUGGAAACUGCAGCCCCAGGAGCCCUCCCAACGCUGAGUGGGCCAAGCCCUAUUGAGAGGGGCUUCGACUGGGGCGGAUAGAUUAUUAAAUAGCGUUUAAUUGGAUAGGGGAAGAAAAAAAAAGAAAGAAUGAAUGGACACUCCAACCCUGCCACAUAGCUACCACCUAACCUGCCUUAAGUUGAUAAGACCACUCCUCUUGGCUGGACUGCACUGGACCUGCUGGUUGUGGAAAAUAAUUGGGGCCAGACGAGGCCUUUUUUCUUUCUUUCUUCUUUUGAGGCAAAGACUCCGUAAACUCGUCGCUCCGUCAUCGCUGCACAUCGCACCGGAGGACAUGUCGGACUUCGCAGAGGAACCAGAGACCCUCGCCAGGAAUCGUUUUGUCUGCGUCCUUGUGUGCCCACGCUUAGUGAGUGCAAGCAUGCAUACGGGCAAUUUUAUUUCUGCGUGUGCGUAAUAAACACACAUACAUCCAAGCAAAGAGUGUGCCUGCGUGUGUGUGUGUGUGUGUGUGUGUGUGUGCAGAUCGGUGUGCGGCCAUCUUUCGCCUGCCUGCGUCUGUAUAUCGACAUAAUAAACCUGAUAGGGCUCGAAGGGCCUCUUUCUCCACUCACUGCGGCCAGUGAUCACUGAGGGCCACGGCGUUGUACUCGAAUUUGUAAAACUACUCCCUCCAAUGCAAGUCUUUUUACAUUUAAUCGCUGUAAAGUAUACACGGUGUGUAGUCCCAUGUGUGUCUCGCGAUCGUGUGAAGGAGAUGGCGGCGUGAGGACUUGAUGUGGUUUGUUUUUGUACUGUGAUGGCGGCAGACAUGCAGUAACUGUGGGAUAAUCAAAGUUGCGUUUAACGUUUUUAAACCGCUACCAAAUUGCAUCUUUUUCUUUUCUUUUUUUGUGCCCUCAAGAAUUGUUGUUUUUAUUAAAGCCCUCACGGAUCAAAGUUGGCUGUCGAUCCACCUACGCUUGCCAAAUAAUGUUUGAGAAUUCACUUCCAGUAUAAUAAAAACUGCGCACUCUCACUGGCACCAGAAAAUGUUUGUUUUUUUUCACAGAAAUGUCAACAACAAACUGCUUUCACAUUGAAGGACUCGUGGAAAAGGCUUCACACACACACACACACUCCCCCUGUAUUUGAAACCCAAUUAGGUUUGUGGAGUUUGAAUUAUAGAAAAAAUUAUCUAAACUCUGUACUGUGCUGGUGUUAAUCUAUGAGACAUGUUUA